UGUGGGUCGUGACCCACACGUCGCCGGCGCGGGAGCAGCGUGCUGACGUCAGACGGAGCGCGACGGGCGACGAGGCCGACACGCGGAGCGGGUUUCUGUUAGCUCAGUGACAGUAUGGUGCUUAAAGGUAAAACGUUUUCUGGAAAAAGUGGAGGUGCCCCAUCUAGGAAGGGCAAAGUUAAAAAGUUUGAUGGAUCUAAAAAUGUUUCAGCAGAUGAACCUGGGAAACACAAUUCAAAGCCCAAAUUUCAAAAGUUGGCGAACAAGGCAAAGUUUCAUGGCAAGAAUUUGGCAAACCCGAGUGGAAAGAUGGAAACAUUUAAGGGAGAAAAGCAAGCUGCAAGAAAAAGGAAACAAUUCGGUGGAAAUGAAGAUGGCACCAUGAGUAAGAAACCUAAGUGGGAUGAUUUCAAAAAAGAAAAGAAAGAACUAAAACUGAACAGACAACAGGACAAGAAAAGUAAUUUUGAUGUAGUAAUACGAUCAAAGCAGAUCUGGGAAAGUGUAAGAAGAAAAGACUGCAGUAAAGAAAAGAAAGCAGAACUUAUGAAAGAAUUACAGAAGCUUGUCCAUGGAAAUAUUAAAAAUAUUGCAUUUUCACACGAUUCUGCCAGAGUAAUCCAGUGUUACCUUCAGUUUGGUAAUGAAGAACAAAGGCAAGAAGUCUUUGUGGAAUUAAAAGAGCAUCUGGUUGAGUUGAGCAAAUCCAAGUAUGGCAGGCAUAUUGUGAAGAAAAUUCUAAUGUAUGGAAAUAAGCAACAAGUAGCAGAGGUAAUUAAAAGUUUCAAAGGUGAAGUGAAGAAGUUACUGCGACAUUCGGAGGCAUCGGGAAUUGUGGAGUACGCAUACAAUGACAAAGCAAUAUUGGAACAGAGGAACAUGCUGACAGAAGAGCUAUAUGGAAAUAUGUUCAUGAUAUGCAAGUCGUCUUUUUGUCCAACAUUGGAAAAAGUUCUUGAGUCUAAUCCUGAUAAGCGAGAAGGAAUAAUGGGAGAAAUAAAAGAGAUCCUCACACCUAUGGUACAAAAAGAGGCAGUAAUAAAGCACACAUUGGUACACAAGGCAUUUUUGGACUUCUUCACGUACAGCUCUGAUAAAAUGAGACUGGAAAUGAUUGAAUCAGUGAGAGAAGCAGUCGUCUACAUGGCGCACACACAUGACGGGAGCAGAGUAGCCAUGCAGUGCUUGUGGCAUGGCACCCCUAAAGAUAGAAAGGUUAUCGUGAAAACAAUGAAGACCUACAUUGAGAAGACUGCUACUGGUGAAUUCUCACAUUUGGUUCUCACAGCGGCAUUUGACUGUAUAGAUGACACAAAACUAGUAAAACAAAUAAUACUGUCGGAGAUCGUCAGUUCCUUGCCUAACCUGAUCAACAAUAAAUAUGGCAAGAAGGUGCUGCUUUAUCUGCUAAGCCCAAGGGACCCUGCACAUAGCGUGCCAGAAAUUAUCAAGCUUCUACAACAAGGAGAUGGCAAUGUUCACAGUAAGAAAGAUACAAACAUUCGUCAUCGUGAGCUGCUGGAGGCCAUCUCGCCACAUUUGCUGCAAUAUUUGCAGGAGAAUGCUCGUGAAAUGGUGAUGAACAAAGCAACAAGUGUCAUUGUGGCGGAUAUUCUUGGCUGUGCCAUUGGUGACGUGCAGCCUUCCAUGAAUGCUAUAGCUAAUGUCGCUACGGAAUCAUUUGAACCUGGAGGCAGCAAUGGUGAGCUCCACAUGGCAGAGCACCCAGCAGGCCACCUGGUUCUUAAAUGGUUAAUAGAGCAGGAUGUAAAAAUGAAAGAACUUGGAAAAACAGAAUGUUUUGCGGAAACAUUAGUGGAACUUGUUGGCAUUGAGAAUCUACAAACAUGGGCACAAGUAAACCGUGGAGCAAUGGUACUUUGCAGUCUUCUUCAAAGUAACAAUGAGGACGUCGCCCUCAAAGUGAAAAAUGGUUUAAAGAAGCUCAUACCCAAGUUCAAGAAGAUGAAAAACGUGAAAGGCGUGGAAAUGCUGUUAGAAAAAUUGGCUGCAAGCAAUGUCAAACCCUGAGUAAUACCAGCUCAGAAUGAUCUUGUAAAACUUGGAUGAAAACAAAUUGACUGUUAAAAUAAAGUUUUGUAUAUAGAGAA